CGGUAAUCUAGACACCAAGAUCAAGAUGAUCGGUCCUCUCAGUUUCUGCGUGAUGGCUGCGAUCAAAUAUUACAUCCUGGUGUCGCGAGGAGGGAAGAUAAGCAAAUGUAUUGAGAGCAUUCGUUUGGACUGGGCUCGAACACGCUCGAUACGAUACAAAGAGAACAGGGAGAUGAUAAUCGAGAGUGCUAAGACAGGCAGAUCUAUCGCCAUUUUUUGCGCAGGAUUCAUGUAUUCCGGGGGAUUUUUCUACACCACCGUGAUGCCUUUGUGCAGCAAACGGACGGAGAUAAUUGAUAACGAAACCGUGAGAUCUCAAGCUUUCCCGAUUUAUCGCGGCUUGCUUGAUCCACGCACCAGCCCUUCCUUCGAAAUCGUGCAAUUGAUGCAAUGUUUGGCUGGAUUCGUGAUAUACUCCGUUACCGUUGGUUCUUGCAGUCUGGCCGGGGUGUUCGUCAUGCACGCUUGUGGACAAUUCAAGAUUCUUAUAGGGAAAUUGGAGAAAUUGGUCGAUGGGAUUCCGGAGAAGGAUGACCUGGAUACGCACGAACAAAGGAUGGGAGACAUUGUCGAGCAUCACUUGCAGAUACUUAGGUUUAUAUCACAAGUCGAAGGGCUUCUAAAUGAGAUCUGUUUGGUCGAACUGGUCGGUUGUACGAUGAAUAUAUGCUUUCUAGGCUAUUAUUUACUCACGGAAUGGGAACAGAAUGAAACUAUCGGAACAAUGACGUAUUGUACAUUGCUUAUAUCCUUUACCUUCAAUAUUUUCAUACUGUGUUAUAUCGGUGAAAUCUUGUCGGAACAGUACAGAAAGAUUGGCUUAGCAGCGUAUAUGAUCGACUGGUACCGUUUACCAGAGAGAAAAGCACUGGGGUUGAUAUUAGUGGUUGCUGUAUCCAACUCUUCCAUAAAAUUAACAGCCGGAAAAUUAGUUGAAUUAUCAUUAAACAGCUUUUGCAGCGUGAUAAAAUCGUCAUUGGCAUAUUUGAGCUUACUUCGUACGCUUACAACAUCACCUGCGUUUCGCGCCUGCGUCGGCUUCGACGUCGUUCACUCGUCGUCGUACCUCGAAGGCGUCGAGAUGCACGUUCGUUCGUCCAAUGGUGACGAUCGUUCACCUAACAAGCAUUACGACACCGACAUACAUUACACGUUUCAACUUUGCCAAUGGAUCCUCAAACCGAUCGGUAUUUACCCUUUCGUCUACAGCAACGUAAGCAAACUCGAACGUGCGCUAUCUGCAAUAUUGCUGAUCACAUGCUGCUCCGUUAUACUAUUCGUCAUCGUACCAUGUGGCCAUUACGUCUUGGUCUACGAGAAAGACAUAAAUACAAGGGUUAAAUUUCUCGGUCCACUCGUGUUCGGUACGACAUCGCUAAUUAAAUACAUUUAUCUGUGUUUGAAGGGCCAUGCAUUUGCACGAUGCAUCAGACAUAUCGAAAGAGACUGGAAGAUGUUGCAGGAUCAAGAUCAUCGCGAUGUCAUGAUCAAAUAUAUAACCAUGGGACGCAAUCUCAUCACCAUAUGUGCAAUGUUUCUGUAUACCGGUGGCCUGUCUUACCACACGUUCAUGCCAUUACUUUCGAAGAUAAACGUGGAGAACGUGACCAUCAGACCGCUCACUUAUCCUGGCUACGAGGCGUUCUUCGACGUCCAACAAAGUCCUACCUAUGAAACAGUCUACUUUACGCAUUGUUUUUACGUAAUGGUGACCGGUAAUAUUACCAUGGCUGCCUACAGCAUGACGACUGUUUUUACCAGUCAUGCCUGUGGUCAGAUGAAGAUACAAAUACUACGGCUGGGAAAGUUGACGAAUAGAGGGGUGCUAGAGAAACCUAAGGAAGUUCGUCUGGCGAUUAUUGUAAGAGAUCACGCGGAGAUAUUAAGAUUCACCAAGAACGUUGAGAAAGCAUUGGGUGAAAUAUGCUUAAUGGAAGUGAUAGUGUCUACGAUGCUAAUAUGUUUGGUGGAGUACUACUGCAUAAUGGAAUGGGGAACUAGUGAUUCAGUCGCCAUAUUAACUUACGCGGUUCUCUUGAUUUCUUUUAUCUUCGUCAUAUUGAUGUUUUGUUAUUUGGGGGAGCUUCUUCUGCAACAGGGGAACAAAGUCGCGUCCGCUUCUUACGAAACCGAAUGGUACAAUCUUCCGGCGAGAAAGGCGCGUGACAUCGUUCUGUUGCUCGCCAUUUCGAAAUAUCCACCGAAACUCACGGCUGGCAAGAUUUUUGAGCUGUCUUUAAACAUGUUUGGCGUUAUAUUGAAAUCGUCGGUAGUUUACCUGAAUGUGCUGCAGACGAUCACCGAGUUCUGA